AUGAAUCGACCAUCACACGAGGACGACGGCUGGGACCACCCGGAAUGGAACCAGAAUCCUCCUGCUCUUGCCGGAGACUUGACGACCAGGAACGACUUGAACGGUGUUGUCAAUUCCAGACGCAAUCGUGACCGGAGAAUAGAUGACGACGACUUGAACCGCAUCCAUCCGGAACCCUACGAACUCGUCGAAGUGAAUGGGAAGGGCAAGAACAUGCCUCGGGUCACGGAAGGCCCGUACCCUGGCCCUAGUGGCCACCAUCCGGAGCGCUCUUCGUCGCCGUCGUCGACAUUGCGUUCCGCUGAGAUGCCUGUUCCCGGUGGCAGGCGUCUCGGCAACCGCGUCAUGUACGUCCUGGCCAAAUACGCAAAGUUCGUUGGCCCCGGCGUCAUGAUCUCAGUCGCCUAUAUCGAUCCAGGAAACUAUUCCACCGCUGUUGCGGCUGGCUCUACUUUCCGAUUCAGGCUUCUCUUCAUGGUCUUCUUGUCAAACAUCUUUGCCGUCUAUCUGCAAUGCUUGUGCGUCAAGCUCGGUUCUGUCACUGGUAUGAAUCUGGCCGAGAUGAUCCGAGCCCAUUGUCCAAGAUGGCUCAACUGGGUUCUCUAUCUUUUCGGCGAGGCGGCAAUCAUCUGCACUGAUAUUGCAGAAGUAAUUGGUACCGCUAUUGCUUUGAACCUUCUUUUCCAUGUCCCACUGGUAGCUGGCUGUGCCAUUUCCAUAGUGGACGUCCUUGUAAUCUUAUUAUUCUACAAUCCAACCGGUUCUGUGCGAGGAGUCAGAAUCUUCGAAGGUUUCGUCGCUGUGCUGGUCAUUGGUGUUGUCGUCUGCUUCUGCUACCAGCUCUCCCUCAUCACAAACACGUCAGUGGGCGAUGUCUUCAAGGGAUACCUGCCUUCUUCGACUCUGAUAAAAUCAAAGGGUCUCUAUCAAUCAUGCGGUAUUCUGGGUGCAACCGUCAUGCCUCAUUCACUUUACCUGGGCUCCGGCAUCGUCCAACCACGUCUCAAGGAAUACGACACCCAACACGACAAUAUCCCCGCCGCAUCUGAAGACGACGACAGUGGCCCGGUCAAAUACCGACCCAGCCUUGCUGCUGUCCGCUCAUGCAUGAAAUACUCUAUCGUCGAGCUCUCCACCUCUCUUUUCAUCUUCGCCUUGUUCGUCAACAGCGCCAUCUUGAUCGUUGCAGGUGCCUCGCUCUACAACACCGAUGCCGCCAGCGCCGACCUCUUUGGCAUUCACAAGUUGCUUGCUCACCAGCUCGCACCCGUUGCAGGCACUAUAUUUGCUCUCGCCCUGCUGCUUUCUGGUAUCUCAGCCGGCAUUGUCUGUACCAUUGCCGGUCAGAUGAUCUGCGAAGGUCAAUUGAGUUGGGCUGUGAAGCCAUGGGUACGUCGCCUGAUGACACGUUCAAUUUCGAUCACACCUUCCAUCAUCAUUGCUGGAGCUGUCGGCCAGGAUGGGCUUUCUGCUGCAUUGGAUGGCUCUCAGGUGGCACUCAGUGUCAUUCUGCCGUUCGUCAGCGCUCCGCUGAUCUACUUUACCUGCCGUAAUAGGUACAUGACCAUGUCUUCGAGCAAUGGCGAUCUGAUCAGCAUGCGCAACCAUUGGUUCACUGCAGCUAUUGCUGUUUUUAUCUGGCUUGUCAUUGUCGUCAUGAACGUUGCACUCUUGGUCCUUUUGGGUCUUGGUGUCGAUUGA